CACUUUAUCCAAAAAAAUAAAAAAAAUGGUAACUGGCGAGCUUCCGGUGCUUCACGCCUUCACCUAUUACUGUAAAGUUUCUUUCCAAAAGGAAGGCAUGAUCGAUGGUCAUUUAGGGUUAAUUGGAUGACAUCUUCCCUAGAUCGUCGACUUGGAGCGACCUUCAUUCCCGCAUUUUGGUGGUAAUCAUCCAUCCGGGAGGACAGGAAUCAUCUGUGAAGAUCGAUGGAGGGCCUUGUUCGAUGCUCUGCGAAUUACAUUCCUUUGUCUCCCAUAAGCUUUCUAGAGAGGUCUGCCUAUGUUUACAGAGAUAGGCUCUCGAUUGUCUACGGUGAUGUUAAAUAUACAUGGGGAGAGACACGAGAACGGUGCCUGAAAAUCGCUUCUGGUCUUACCCAGAUGGGGAUUUCCCAUUUGGACAUCGUUGCUGUAUUGGCUCCAAAUAUCCCAGAAAUGUAUGAGCUGCACUUUGGUGUCCCAAUGGCUGGAGCGGUCCUCUGUACACUUAACGUACGGCAUGAUUCUGCCAUGAUAUCUGUGCUAUUGAGACAUUCGGAAUCAAAAAUAAUCUUUGUAGACUACCAAUUUCUAGAAGUUGCUCGUGGAGCACUUGAGCUUCUGUCCAAGACAGCAACCAAGUUACCCCUCCUGGUCCUAAUCCCAGAAAGCAAUAAACCGCUACCUACAAGCAAGAUAACCUCCAGUUCAGUUUACUUGGAAUAUGAGAAUAUACUAGCCAUGGGACAACCCGAUUUCAAAAUCAGACGGCCCAAAGAUGAAUGGGAUCCAAUUAGUUUAAAUUACACUUCUGGCACAACAUCAAGCCCUAAAGGAGUUGUUUACAGCCAUAGAGGUGCCUAUAUUAAUUCAUUUUCAGCUGUUCUUCUUAAUAAUAUGAGUCCAAUGCUCACUUACCUAUGGACUGUUCCCAUGUUCCACUGCAAUGGAUGGUCCCUCACUUGGGGGGUGGCAGUUCAGGGUGGCACAAACGUCUGCCUCAGACAUGUUACUCCAAGGGGCAUAUUUGAUAGUAUUUCUCUUCACAAGGUGACAAACAUGGCUGGUGCACCAACUGUGUUGAACAUGAUUGUCAAUGCCCCAUCCAGUGAUCGAAGGCCACUACCCUGCAAGGUGGACGUAAUGACUGGUGGUGCACCACCACCUCCACAUGUCCUCUUCAAGAUGGAGGAGCUUGGAUUUAGUGUUUUCCAUUCAUAUGGCCUGACGGAAACAUAUGGUCCGGGAACAAUUUGUACAUGGAAGCCUGAGUGGAAUUCCUUGCCUGCUGAUCAGCGUGCAAAGUUGAAUUCACGUCAAGGUGUGCAUCAUAAUGGAAUGGAAGAGGUUGACAUAAAAGAUCCAGUCACCAUGAAAAGUGUACCAUCUGACGCAAAGACCAUGGGUGAGGUGAUGUUUAGAGGAAACACAGUGAUGAAUGGGUACCUCAAGGAAUUGAAAGCAACACAGGAAGCUUUCAGUGGUGGAUGGUUUCGAACUGGGGAUCUAGGUAUUAAACAUCCUGAUGGUUACAUAGAGCUAAAGGACCGGUCAAAGGACAUUAUCAUUUCUGGUGGAGAGAAUAUAAGCACAAUUGAGGUGGAGUCGGUGUUGUUCAGUCAUCCAGCAAUUCUUGAGGCUGCUGUUGUAGGCCGGCCUGAUGAUCAUUGGGGAGAAACACCUUGUGCCUUUGUAAAAUUGAAGGAAGGUAUGAAUGCCACUGCUGAGGAGAUUAUAAAGUUUUGUCGGGAUCACUUGCCUCAUUAUAUGGCUCCUCGAACUGUAGUUUUUGUGGAACUCCCAAAGACUUCAACUGGGAAGACACAGAAGUUUCUCCUCAGAGACAAGGCAAAGGCUAUGGGAAGCCUAUUUAAAGGAAGCAAAAGUAGGCUUUGAAGCUUUAAAGCAUUUCCAUUUCCCUACAGAAGAUAGUUUUUUCUUUUCUUUUAGUUGUAUUGAUAAUCUCUCCCAUUCAAAUGAUAUGGGUCUUGAAAAGCUACAGAAUGAAUUGUCUUGAGACUUGCCUAUUGUUUAUUGUUAGAUCAUAUGGGCUUUAUCCCCAUUUGUAAAUGACCAACCAGACCUAUGUCUUGCAGUUUUGGUCGCAUGAGAUCAGCCCAAAUAUAGUUUGUGUGAUUACUGGAUUA